AUGAGAUCCAAUAAUAUCAUGCAAUACUUUGCAAGGGCAAUCUUUUGUUGCAUCUUAUGCUGGAAGGCAUCGGAUAUUGGCGUCCUUGGAUUCAAGCAGUUUCAACGAUCAUCGAUGGUGACGACAACAACGACAUCUAGUUCAAACAACAACAAUAUCAACGCCAACAGUAUUGGUGGUUUCCAUGGCCAGAAUAGUAGAAAUCACCUACAGAAGAAGGAUACCACCGUCGUGUUUCAACAACAUCAUGAUUAUCGAGGCGGUGCUGCUGCUGCUGAUGAUGAUGAUGAUGAUAAUGCCAUGCCACUAGCAUCCACUGAGAAUCACCAUGGUAUUCUGUUCCAUUGUGCCAUUAUUCUCAAUGCUUCCAGUAAAUGGCUACUAGCAUCCGCAAAUCUAUAUGGUGUCAUUCGGUAUCGAGAUCCGGGAGCCUUCUUGUGCACUGGAUGCAUUGUGGCCUGCUUUGUGGCGGAGCAUGUCCUCAAGCCACUCUGGAAUCAAGCGCGACCCCUCGGUGCCAAAUUGGCGGAUCCUGGCAUGCCAUCCUCCCACUCCUUGGGAUCCUUUUUUGUGGCCAUUGGGUGGGCCCAUUUGUUGCGUGAUUUGGAAGGCAACAUGGAGGAUCCAUUGCUAUUGUUUUUGGGGAUUUCGUCCCUGGUGGCGAGUCUACGAAUCAUUUGUGGUUAUCAUACCGUUGCUCAGGUCGUGGUGGGAGCUCUUCUUGGACUGUUCCUGGGACAUGGCUGGAUUGACUGGAUUUGGAAUCGAUUGAACGUGAAGACAUUUUUAUACACCCAUGCUACGGUUCGAUGGAUCAUUUGGUCCGCCUACAUUAGUGGAUCGCUCCUGUUUAUCUGCAAGAUCAUGUCCAAAUGGAUCGAUCGACAAAUGCUGCUGCAUUAG